AUGGCAGACGCGCCACUGAUAAACCCAAUCUCGUGCAAAAGGUGCAGGGUUAAAAAGAUCCGUUGUGACCGACGUUUGCCCGGAUGUAACAGGUGCCAGGAGCAAGAUACUGAAUGUGUCUAUGUUCGUCGGGUGCCCAGGAAACCCGUCAUAACUACCGGGGACCGUGUAGGAUCGAUUGAGGCGACCUUGGACACGAUUCUACAACGACUGGAUCGAAUUGAACAAAACUGCCGUUGUCAGAACCUUCAAAGUCAAUUGGAUGACUCGCCCGAGUUCCAUGCUUCACCCGAAGAUGCAUUUCAGAAUCAAUCCGAAUUAGACUUUGCUAUUGACGCGGGUAGCGGUGUCAAAUCGGAUCCUCCAUUCCCAGUCAUCCCUUUGACUUCUGUGUCUGGCGGUAACGUUGCCUCUGAGCACUCAGAAUCGUCAUCUGCUGCGUCAGAUCCAAAUGCACCGUUACCUGUCCUUCGUCGCCAGUUCACAUCGGCUUCUGACAACGCAAAAACCAUGAGCAAGCUAUAUCAUCGCUGCUUGAACGCAGCCUCAGCCUGGGAGCCACAAGCGACGGGUACAACCACGGACUUUAUCGCUGCCUUCUUUAUGGUGCGAGUAGCCGCCGAACGUUUUGACAUCGAGCUGAGCUGGAACAUGUUCAAACUCGGAUGUCAAUAUGCCGAGAAAAUCGAACUUCACCGUCUUGAUAACGACCCCAACUCACACGCGACAAACUUGGACAAGUCUGUACUGAAUGCAGGCCGAAAAGGCUUCUGGGAGCUGGUUACCAUGGAUGUGUAUUUCCGUCUGAUUCACAACAAACCACCCGCUAUAAUGGCUUGCCGACCGGAGGCCAAGGUCAACCUCCCAUGGCUUGCUGAGCCUGGAUCGCAAGUAGAGGAAGAAACGACAACAACAAUCCGGUUCUUGAUCGACUCUCGACGGACCUUCAUUCUCCUGGACUUUUUACAGUUACUGGAGGAUUCUGAAGGUAGACCUGACCCGGAGCUUGUCUCGAAAACCGAGGCGCUUUGCCGCGACAUUGAGGCAUUGUACGAACAAUGGGGAAUUGACGACUGGGUUAAGAAAAUGAUAGACUCUGACGGUCAGCUAUGGACGAUUGCUGGUGUUGCUUUAGAAGGAUACACUUGUAUUAUCUUCAUGCUCCGUCGCGCUCUCAGUGUCCAUUCUGGCAUUCCAGAGAACCAGGCACUUGGUCUUGAGGUUGUAAAUCACCCAUUGGUGCUCAACGCGUCACGGCAUAUCCUCGAGAUAGUAGCCCUUCUUCUGGUGGCUAUACCCUCCAUGGGUGCUGUUGCUGUCACGUUUGUUGUCCUCCAAGCGCACAUACCGCUUGCAUGUUUGGCUACUUACUUGCUGCAUCCGGUGGCCUCUCACGAUUGCGAAACAGACAUUAUCCUGCUUGAGCAUGUGGCCGAGGCGACGAGGGAAAUAUCAAGGGAUGUAGAGGAACUGGUGCCUUUAACAGCGGCCAUGGAGGAGCUCAAGACCAAAGUGAGGAAUACAGUAGGUGACAAUGUGGCGAGAUGA